UUAUUGAGAAAUUAAUUAGAAAAGAAGCAGUUAUUCUGCUCCAUGGAUGUCCUUCAUUGUAAUAACGACUUCAUCUCAAAGAAUUUUGAUAUCACUAUCCUUGAGGGGUUCUUCUUGAGGAAGAAUCGAGUUCGAGAAGUUUCUGAUUUUUAUGGCUUUUUGUAACAAAUCUUUUAUAUCUCUCUGUAAAUUAGAAAUUGAGGAAUCUUUUCGUUCUGAAAAGGUUUUGAACUUUGAUCUUUUGGUCCUACUAUUCAUCAGACCUUUAUUUCAACAGUUCGCUUUUGUCAAAUUAUCAAAAACACAUAUACAUUCAGCAUUGGAAGAGUUAGGCCCUACAAGUUCUUCGCUCUUGCUCUUCUAAAAGGGCUGGCAUCCAUAUUAGCGCUAAGACUUUGGCAUACAUACACAUUUGAUACAGAAGUGUUUUCAUCUAAAAAUUCCUCAGGUAAAUCUUCAUCAAAAAGGGGAAUGUUGUU